AUGGCGACUGCCAGUUCAAACUCCAGUGUCUCUCGUCCUUCGCAGUGGUCUUGGUAUCUUCAAGAGCCUCGAAGCACCAUUUACGACCCUCAUGGCGACGUCCUCUUAGUCCUGAGCAAGACAAUCGCUCCAUCUGAUUCCGACCCUAACGCCGAGACGCCUACCACCAAAAAGGGCAAAGAUGCGCAGCGCGAAACUCCUGCUGGGCAGCACCAUGGAUCAUCGCCUGCGGAGGCACUGACCGCCCAAAAUAUUCAAGAGAUCGAAGUCAAGGUGUCCUCAAAACAUCUUUCGCUGGCGUCAAGGGUGUUUCAUACCAUGUUCAAUGGCAAAUUUCGGGAAGGUGUCGCGCCGGAGGUUGAUCAGUUGACAAGAGUACCGCUUCCUGAAGACGAUGCCGACGCUAUGAUGAUUUUGCUUGGUAUCAUACAUGGACUGAACAGAAGCGUGCCUCUCGAAGUUGAACGCACGUUGUUUUUGGCGAUCGUGGUUCUCAUUGAUAAGUACGAGCUUCAGGAGGCUACCGGAGUGUACACCAAUCUCUGGUUCUCUGAACUCUGGUGGAAGCGCGAAAUUCGGGCUGUAUGUCUCGCAGAUUGGAUUUUCACUUGCUGGGUUCUCAGGAAGCCACUUGAGUAUCUUCAACUGACCAAAUCUGCUAUUCUCGGAUGUACUUCUCGCUUUGACGAAAAUGGCCUUCCAUUUCCGCCCACGAUUCCCGCCAAGAUCGAAUCGAGUCGACUAUCGGUCAUCGAAAGCAUGCUCACCUACCUGAACGAGACCCUUGGACGUUAUCUGGGUGAAAAGCAGCAAUGCCCACGAGACGCAAAGUGUGACGCUCUUGUCUUCGGUGACCUUGCCAAGAAGUUGAAGAUCAAAGGCCUCUACCCUGUUCCCGAGGCUGCUGCUCUGGACAUAUCCAUCAAUGUGCUUUUCGCGCAAAUACUUACACUUGAAGUCCGCUCAUUGUGUGAGAUAAAUGCUACACCAAAGCCGCCACCACAUUAUGGAGGUCUGAUGCCAGAUCCGCCUUCUUGCGGUGUGAGAAAGGGCCUUGAAAGCAAAAUGUCCCUCCUCGGAUGCCUCGUCUGCGGUCUGACGUUGCCUCCCUUCACACCUUGA